AUGGCAAGCAAAGAUGUCGGCAGUGGUGAGACUCCUCAAAAUAAUGAGGAAGAAGUGCUGAACACCAACCCACACAAGACGGAAACUCCUGCUGGGGACCUCGACUGGGAAACACCUGACGAUCCUGAAAACCCUCGCAAUUGGCCGAAAUGGAAGAGGAUCUUUCACACUAUCGUGCCAGCUGUCUGGUCAUUUGGAUUAUGUGCCGGUAUCUCGAGCCUAGUCGCCGCGAUACCAAUCCUCCAACGAGAAUUCGAUCUGAGCAGAAACGUCGCCCUCUUGCCCGUCACUCUAUACACCCUCGGUUUCAGUAUUGGACCUUGCAUCGCAUCGCCUCUGUCUGAACUAUACGGCCGUCGCUGGAUCUACUGGACCAAUCUCCCCAUGCUGAUCAUCUUCAACGGCAUAGCCGCAGCCUCCAACAACUUUGUCGUCCUCGUUGUCUUUAGGUUCUUGGCCGGCGUGGGUGGCUCCGGCGUCCUGGCCGUCUCAGCCGGCUCCUUGUCUGACAUAUGGGAUACGAGAAACUCAGGGCGCGUUGGCGUGCCCUACAUCAUGGCACCAUUCCUUGGCCCUACAAUGGGACCUCUGAUCGGCGCCUAUAUCCUACACCAGUAUGACAAUGACUGGAGGUGGACUAUCUGGGUUCUUCUCUGCAUCCUGGCACCGGUCGCUCUGGCUCUUCCUCUGAUGCAAGAGACGUCUAAGAGCCGAAUCCUGUACUUGCGACACAAGAGGCGCGGGAAUGAUGCGCUCGGCAUGACAGCCUCGUCCCGGACCAGGACAAUCCAGAGGGGCUUGUUACGACCGCUGCACAUGGCCAUUUCCGAGGCAUGCUACCCUUUUCCUGCUUCAUCCUGA